AAUUGCUGGCGCAGGCUGGGGCCAGCUUCGGUGGCCUAUAAGAGCUGGGAGGCUCUUCGACGUGGGACACCAGAGGACAUGGAGCCAAGCAGAGUCGCCGGGCCCCUGAGGCCUGCUGGUCGUCUCCUUCUGCUCCUCUGCAUCGAGACCCUGGCCGCCCAGGCUGCAGACACCUGUCCAGAGGUGAAGGUGGUGGGGCUAGAGGGCUCCGACAAGCUCAGCAUCCUCCGCGGCUGCCCGGGGCUGCCCGGGGCCGCAGGGCCCAAAGGAGACGCAGGCGUCAAUGGAGAGAGAGGCGCACCCGGGUCCCCUGGAGUCCCCGGCAAGGCAGGACCACCGGGACCCAAAGGGGACCGAGGGGACACAGGAGUGCGCGGGGAGAAAGGAGAGCCUGGGCCUCAGUCCUGUGACACAGCACCUCGGACCUGCAAGGACCUGCUCACGAGAGGGCACUCUCUGACCGGUUGGCACACCAUCUACCUGCCCGGCUGCCGGCCGCUGAGCGUGCUGUGCGACAUGGACACGGACGGCGGGGGAUGGACCGUGAGUGUCGGCGGCCAGGGGACCGCCCAGUGGCCCCGGCCCGAGCCCUCCCGCCGUCCGCAGGUGUUCCAGCGAAGGAGCGACGGCUCCGUGGAUUUCUAUCGCGACUGGGCCGCGUACAAGCGGGGCUUCGGCAGUCAGCUGGGGGAGUUCUGGCUGGGGAACGACAACAUCCACGCCCUGACCGCCCAGGGAACCAGCGAGCUCCGGGUAGACCUCGUGGACUUUGAGGGCAACCGCCAGUUUGCUACGUACAGCUCGUUCCGGAUGGCGGGCGAGGCCGAGAAGUACAGGCUUCUCCUGGGCGCCUUCGCCGGGGGCAGCGCGGGUGAUUCCCUGACAUACCACAACAACCACCCCUUCUCCACCAAGGACCAGGACAAUGACUCAAGUCCAGAAAACUGUGCUGAGCGCUACCAGGGGGCCUGGUGGUACAGUAAUUGUCACCUGGCGAAUCUCAAUGGUUUCUACCUCGGGGGCGCCCAUGAAAGCUAUGCAAAUGGCAUUAACUGGAAGUCGGGGAAAGGCUACAACUACAGCUACAAGGUGUCAGAGAUGAUGGUGAGGCCCGCGUAGCACGGGGCCGUCCACGCACACCGUGGCCGCAGGGAGGGCGGUCUGGACCCUCUCGGGGCUGGGAGCUCUGGCUUGGGGUCCUCAGCCUGGUCCCUCCAGGGACCCCGUCUGCUUUGUGCCUUUCACCCACCCGAACGCCCCUUCUCCCUUCCAAGCCGGUGAGAACGGGGAACCCUGAUCUCGGCAGUCACACGUUUUCUCAAUAAAGACAUUUGAUUCCUCGCUUGGCACA